UCGUUCGUUCGUUCGUUCGUUCGUUCGUUACUUGCUAUAGAGACUUAUGAAUUAUUCGCGGAAGGUGUCAUUCGUUUUCGGGGUUGAUAUGUGCCCUGCGACAGGAAGUGCUAUGCGGCGAAUAUUAUAACAAUGCCGGAUUGUUAAAUUGGUAUAUAUAUCGUGAAAUUAGAGUAGCGCGAUAAGGACGGAAAGACGGUGGAACAAAGUUAUGGAGGGAGUCGAUGGGCAACUGCAAACGAAAUAUCAAAAGAUAGCCACGGAAUAUUCGAAAAUUCGUGCUCAGGCGAACGUUCUAAAGAAGGCUGUGAUCGAUGAACAGGCACGUAAUGCAGAAAUACGAGAACAAUUAAAAGAGAAAGAAGUAGAAUUCCGUAGAGCCGAACAAGAAAUAGAUAGUCUAACUUUCCGCAAUCAACAGUUGACAAAACGUAUAACUGUAUUGCAGGAAGAACUUGAUAAAGCACAAAACAAAUCCAGGAAAGGGAAAGGCAAGCUGUCGGAUAACAAUACUCAAGUACCUGCCUCGUCUAAUCAUAUCUUAGACGAAGAAUUUCAAAAGAAAAUAGUUGAAAAUGCCCAAUUGCUGUCGCAAAUAGCCGACAAGGAUAGUGAAAUUGAAAGUUUAAGCGAAAGAAUACAAGAGUUAGAAUAUAAGUUGGAGCGCGUUGAAAAAUCUAAAGUAGAAUUAGAUUGUCAGCAUCGCAGAGAGAUCGACAAGUUAGACAGGGAGAGAAAUGAUUUACAAAGAAAACUUAACGAGAAGCAAAGGCAAGAAGAAACUAUAUCGUGGUCCAGUACAGAAGGCAAGAGGGAAGGAUACGAAUGCGAACAAAGAGCAGGACUAUCUAAUCAUUAUCAAAUAGAUUCUUCUCCUGUUUCAUCUCCCUCUCCCUCUCGUAGAUCAUCGAAAUCUUUUAACGACGGUAAAAUUCAAAAAUUGACCGACGAAAGAAGCGAUUACGAGUCCACGAAAUCUUACGACAUAGAAAAAGAAUUGCAUCAUUGGAAAACGCAGUAUCACAUCGUUAAGAUCAAAUAUGACGAGUACGAACAGAAAGAGCAAGAAACAAACAGAUCGAUCGCAAAGGAAUCUCUCAAUCCCGUGCGAAUAAAUAAUAUGAUUGGAAGGUUACACGCGCCAUUUGCAUUGCCCGAGGAAAUAGAAGCUCGCGAAGGAAAAAUAAGAGAAUACUUUCUCGAUGAGAUAAACAAAUUAAUAAUGGAAAAGCACAUUUGUCACGUUAAAAAUUUGGCCAUGGCUGCUAAUAGCGAAGUUAUGCACGCACAUUUAGACACAUGCGAGUCGAAAAGAGAAAAAUGCGAGGUGGCACUUUUGGAAGCGCUAUCCAACUGUAAUAGCCUGCAAAAGGAUAAAGAGACUCAAGAAGGAAAUUAUAAAGCACAGCUCAGUACGAUGAGCGAGCAUCUUGCUAAUAUGAACGAUAAGCUUAUUUGUCAGACAGAAGAAAUCCAACAAUUAAAAUUUGAAUUGGCAAACAAGGUAAAAAGACAUUCAAUGUUUCGUCGUAUCGUAUUUUUAAGGUUAACACAUCCCUUUGCUAUUACUUUAUAGAACAAUAAAAAAGGAAAACAAAAGUGAUUUAUACUCGGUUCCCGACCAUUGAUCAGAGACAUUCCAUUGAUAAUAUUAGUAUAAUCAUAUUCAUCAAUCGAUUUAAAGUUAUGUAUAUAAAGAAUUCAUACCAGACGAGCAAUGUAUUACCAUCUAUCUUCGUACUCGGAUUUUUAGCAAGACAACACAGGCCGAAACGCUCUCUGACUCUGUUACGUGUUAUGUUAUUUAUGAAAUCAAAAUAAAAUAUUACUAUCGAAUAUGCUCUUCGAAAAUAUUAUGAACAAAGUAUUAGAUAGGAAAUAUAUUAUAUCAAAGAUAA